AUCCGCCCCUUGCCUUCCGCACAUCCCAUUCAGUCAGUCAGCCACUCCACACAAUCCAUCCCAGUUCUCCUACGCAAUGGCCCGAACCAAGCAGACUGCUCGUAAAUCCACUGGUGGCAAGGCGCCCCGUAAGCAGCUCGCUGCAAAGUCGAAUGCUGCCCGUAAAACCGCCGCGGCCGCUGGAGGUGUGAAGAAGCCUCACCGCUUCCGGCCUGGUACGGUCGCACUCCGUGAAAUCCGUCGGUACCAGAAGUCGACGGAGCUGCUUAUCCGGAAGCUGCCCUUCCAGCGUCUUGUGCGUGAAAUCGCCCAGGACUUCAAGACCGACCUCCGUUUCCAAUCGUCUGCUGUGAUGGCUCUGCAGGAGGCCGCCGAGGCAUACCUUGUCUCGCUGUUUGAGGACACGAACUUGGCUGCCAUCCACGCGAAGCGAGUGACGAUCCAGCCCAAAGACCUUGCUCUCGCCCGGCGAUUGCGCGGCGAGCGUUCAUGAGCGUGUUCUUCUCUAGGUCUAUCUUUAUAUUUUUACUGUACCUCUAGUCAUGUAUAUAUCACCACAACAUCGCAUCCUUCCUGUAUCCUCUCUUGUUCUUCUCUGGGUCUAUCUUUAUAUUUCUACUGUACCUCUAGUCAUGUAUAUAUCAUCACAACAACAACGCAU